AUGCCCAUAGGAAAAUAUGCUAAAUGGCAGAAGCUACUAAGCGAAUUCGACAUCGUGUACGUAGCACAAAAGGCAAUCAAAGGCCAAGCCCAAGCUGACUUGCUGGCGAAAAUCCCUGUCGAUGAAAAACUUGAACCAUUACAGACUUUCUUCCCAGAUGAGGAAAUGAUGUUUAUCGAAGAAGAGGUGGCAGAACCAUACUCAGGUUGGAGACUGUUCUUCGAUGGAGCAGUCGAUUACAAAGGAUCGGGCAUCAGAGCAGUGUUAAAAUCAGAAACAGGACAACACUAUCUAAUGGCCACAAAGCUCAACUUCAGAUGUACUAACAACAUGGCAGAAUAUCAAGCGGGUAUCCUUGGCCUCAGGAUGGCAUGGGACAUGAACAUACAAGAAUUGUUGUUCAAGAUAACUCACAGAAACUCCACUGCCGAUCUACCACAGAUGAACGGAGCUAUAGAGGCAGCCAACAAGAAUAUCAAAAGGAUCCUGAGAAAAAUGAUUGACAAUUACAAGAAUUACCACGAGCAGUUGCCUUAUGCCUUGUUGAGGUACAGAACCACAACCCGAACUUCCACCGAGGCAACCCCAUAUCUCUUUAUCUACGGUACUGAAGCAGUCAUACCCGCAGAAUUGGAGAACCCUUCACUUAGGAUCAUCCAAGAGGCAGAGCUAAAUGAUGCAGAAUGGGUCAGAAAUCGCUACGAACAACUAUCCACAAUAGAUUAA